AUGCCGUCCCAUACGGUGACAAAAGUGGGAGAUGACAACAGGACUCCGGCAAAGCCUUCUCUUUUUGGCUUCGAGUUCAAAUCCCCAAAGCUCCGAAGGUUUCCCAAAGCCUUCCACCGGGGUGAGAAGACGGUCGAUGCUACAUCUCCUACUGUGCUCCAAGCAAUCGAAGACGCUCGCAAGACAAUCCAGAGCGAACAAGACUCGGGAUACGGGUCAUUUUCAACAGACUCAGGCACCACCAAAGUCGGCAUACCGAAGGUCAAAUUUUCAACAGAUCCAGUCCCAAAAGAUGUACAAGAUCGGUUCUGUGACGUACGGUUGUUAUUCGGCAAGGCCCUACUUAAUGCCGUCUCUUCCAAGCAAGAUAUCUCGCUGAAGCCUAAGUGUACUGAUCCUGAUAGAACUCCGUACAUCGUCGUACAGUGCGACAAGCGCAUUGUGAAGAAAGUAAAGAAGUUCUUCGAUCAGAGUCAUGUACAAGAGGCACUCGGAGACUUUCAAAUCCACGUGGCUCCAGGACUUCGGCAACUGGCAACGUCCGAGUUGAAGGUGUAUGGCGAUCAUACUACGCAGCGCACAUUAUGUGGCAUGAGAAUAAAGAUUGAAAGUGAUCAGGGCUCGAGCAUGGCCACACUGGGCGGCCUGAUUGCUGUCACAAGGGCUGGCCACACUUCUACGUAUGGUCUGACUGCAGGACAUGCCGUGAGCCGUCUCAUCUCGCAGUCAGCGAGUGCAAUCGAAGAUAAUAUCGAUGCGUUCUCCGAUUCUUCCGACGACGAUGAGUAUGACGAGAUUGCCAACACCGACGAAGACGGCGUUGUCGCUCAGACCCAGGCUACCAUUUCUGCGGCAGCACCGGAAAUAGGCACCAUCACAGAGCAUUCGUUCCAGUCAGUCUCGUCCUCGAUAAACCAUGACUGGGCACUCGUCAAAUUCAAAUCCCACGUUGUCACCCUUGCCCUGCAGUGUUCAGCAGUCCUCUUGCGACGGGCAACUGAAAACCCCACGAACCUGAGAAUGAAUGUCGCCGUUAUGACUGCCCGCGGCUUCCAGCGAGGGACAGUGGCUUCAAGCAGUUCAUGCCUCCUGGUUGCACCAAGCGAAGAGUUCGUGGAUACCUAUGACUUCAUUGCAGAUGAGGGCUUUUGCCUCCAAGCCGGAGACUCUGGAUCAUGGGUUAUACACGAACUUACAAGGAACGUGUAUGGUCACGUAGUGUCUAUCGACAUGUUUGGCGAAACAUAUGUUAUGCCUCUGGCCCCUACACCCCUUGACAUCGAGACACAUCUCCUCGCCGAUAGGGUCUGCCUCCCGCUAGAGACCAACGUUAUCGAUGCUGGUACUAUGGCUCCUGUAGCAGGACCGAGGACUUUUGAUUAUCCUGGCCUACUACCAGAUGACGGUAACUGGGACCUGCUCGGAAAAUCGCGAACCUAA